AUGCCAACACGCGCAUCAUUUACCAAGGCGAGUCUCAAGGAAGCCACUUCCAACGCCAAAGACACAAUUGGCUACGGCACAAAAGUCGUCGGCGGCGUCUCGCCCGGCAAAGGCGGCAGGACGCACCUCGACCUCCCAGUCUUUGGAACCGUCAAAGAGGCCGUGGAGCAGGUCAAACCCCAUGUUAGCGCAGUCUUUGUGCCCGCCCAGUUCGCGGCCAAGGCCAUCAUCGAAGCAAUCGAGGCCGAGGUGCCCGUCGUCGUCUCCGUCGCCGAGCACAUCCCCGUUCACGACCUCCUCCGCGUGCAGGAGGUGCUUCGCACGCAGAGCAGGUCGCGCCUCGUAGGGCCCAACUGCCCCGGCAUCAUCGCCCCGGACCAGUGCCGCGUGGGAAUCAUGCCCUUUCGGCAGUACACUCGGGGCUGCGUGGGCAUCGUGUCCAAGUCCGGCACCCUGAGCUACGAGGCUGUUGGCGCGACGAGCGCGGCCGGCCUGGGACAGAGUUUUGUCAUUGCCGUAGGCGGCGAUCCCAUGCCAGGCACGACCAUCGUCGAUUCUCUCAGGGUCUUCUUUGACCAUGAGGAAACAGAGGGCAUUAUCGUCAUUGGCGAGAUUGGCGGCGAGCAAGAGCUCCGCGCGGCCGAGAUGAUCAGGGCGUAUAGGAGGUCGACGCCGAACCCCAAGCCGAUUGUGGCCAUGGUGGCGGGACAGACGGCGCCGAGGGGCAAGGUCAUGGGCCAUGCGGGUGCUGUUUUGACGGCGAGGGAUGUCACGGCUGCCGAGAAGGCGAGGGCUUUGGAGGAUGCGGGUGCGGUUGUUGUGCCUCAUCCUGGCGUCAUGGGCUCUACAAUGAAGGCCCUUCUUGGGCGGUGA